AUGGUUCAUCUUGCCAAGGUUAAGCGCGACAGCGAGAUCGACAAGACCAUCGAACGGGUCGACUCGAUCAAGCUGGACUCCACUGAGGAGGAUGGCUUCUACUCCAGCGUCUACGGCACUCGCUUCGCUACGGAGCAGCUGCCUUCGACCGAGAUGCCGGAGCGUGAGAUGCCCCGGGAGGUGGCCUACCGUAUGAUCAAGGAUGAGCUCAGUCUGGAUGGUAACCCCAUGCUCAACCUUGCGAGUUUCGUGACGACCUACAUGGAAGAGGAAGUUGAGAAGCUCAUGACCGAGUCGUUCAGCAAGAACUUCAUCGACUACGAAGAAUACCCCCAGUCCGCCGAGAUCCAGAACCGCUGUGUGAACAUGAUUGCCCGUCUGUUCAACGCCCCCACCGACAGUGAGGAUGAGCACCCCAUGGGUACCUCCACCAUCGGUUCUUCCGAGGCCAUCAUGCUGGGCACCUUGGCCAUGAAGAGACGUUGGCAGAACAAGCGCAAGGCAGAGGGUAAGGACUACUCCCGGCCGAACAUUGUCAUGAACAGUGCCGUCCAGGUGUGCUGGGAGAAGGCCGCCCGCUACUUCGACGUGGAGGAGCGGUACGUGUUCUGUACGGAAGACCGCUACGUCAUCGACCCCCAGCAGGCGGUGGACCUGGUGGAUGAGAACACCAUCGGUAUCUGCGCCAUUCUGGGCACCACCUACACGGGUGAGUACGAGGACGUCAAGGCCAUCAACGAUCUCCUGAUCGAGCGUGGCAUUGACUGCCCCAUCCACGUCGACGCUGCCAGUGGUGGUUUCGUCGCUCCUUUCGUCAACCCCAACCUGGAGUGGGACUUCCGUCUGGAGAAGGUGGUGUCGAUCAACGUGUCCGGCCACAAGUACGGUCUGGUGUACCCCGGUGUCGGUUGGGUGGUGUGGCGCUCGCCCGAGUACCUGCCCAAGGAGCUGAUCUUCAACAUCAACUACCUGGGAGCCGAGCAGGCCAGCUUCACGCUGAACUUCUCCAAGGGCGCGUCCCAGGUCAUUGGCCAGUACUACCAGAUGAUCCGACUGGGCAAGCGGGGCUACCGGUCGAUCAUGCUGAACAUCACGCGCAUUGCGGACUACCUGGCGGAGGAGCUGGAGAAGCAGGGCUUCAUCAUCAUGAACCAGCGCCGUGGCAAGGGACUGCCGCUGGUGGCGUUCCGGCUGCCGGCCGAGCGCGACACGCAGUUUGACGAAUUUGCGAUUGCGCACCAGCUGCGCGAGCGCGGGUGGAUCGUGCCCGCAUACACGAUGGCUCCCAACAGCAACUCGUUGAAGCUGAUGCGGGUGGUGGUUCGUGAGGACUUCACCAAGAGCCGGUGCGACGCGCUGCUGGCGGACAUCAAGCUGGCGCUGAAGACGCUUGGCGACAUGGACAAGAGCAUGCUGGAGCGGUACACCAAGCACGUUCAGGAACACUCGACCAACUCGCACAAGGCUAAGCAUGUGCACCACCACUACAAGAACGAGACCCAUUCUUUGCAGGGCAAGCAUGGCAAGACUCACGGUGUGUGUUAG